ACAAAAAUUUGGUGCGGUUUCUUUGGUUAGUGGAUACAGGACGUUCGUUCGAUGUGCUUAAUUUUUUGUAUUUUGUGCUAGCUGUGCCGAAAUGAUUGUACACUUGAAAGCGUAAUAAAUAAGAUUUCACAGUAUCUCUGCAAUAUUAACUAAAAAAUUGUGCAUCCUACGUGAGUUAUGAGUGCAAAGAAGGAACCGGAAACGGUCGGCUUCUGGUUGCCGAACCAGUGUUCAGCCAAAAUGGACAUAAUAACACCGCAUAAAUUGGCAGUUGUUUUCCUUAUACAAGAAUACCUGUCGCUUAAGAAAGCAGUCGAUGAAAAUGCCCAGCUGGACUUCACGGCGCGUGAUAGGCGAAAAUUUUGCCUGUUGCUGCUGAAGCUAAUCCAGUACCCGGAUAUGGCCUACAAGGAUUUAUACGGAUUGUUGACCUCACCAGUUUACGGAAUACAUCGAGCACACUUGGAAGAGUUUGAAAAGCUGAUGAAGAUGUUAAAGACGGUUGGAAUUGAAGUUCUGUUUGAUCUGUACAAUGUAAUAGAUAAGCUAAUUACAGACAAUGCUAGUAGUUACCAAAUUGGAAUAGUCGGCCUCUAUUUCCGACGUGUCUAUAUUACACUCGAUAAAAUGAGCUUUCCCGAGUUCAUGGCAUUGUACAGGAACUCGGUUGCUUAUUAUGAGAAGGGUGUUCGUGCAGUACAAAUUUCUAGCAGCUCUUUUACAAACAGCGAAAGUUUUAUGAAACUCGAAGCUCAAACGCUUUAUAAGGACAGGAAUUCAACAUGUAAAUGGUCCAUUAAGCAAUCGGAACUGUUUGUAGCUCAACAGAGCCUAUUGCUACAAAAUAACGAAAUCAAUGCCCUUAGCCCGAAAGAAAUGCAGACGAGAUUGAAUGAAAUAAUUCACGAUCAUCCGCUGUAUUCGCAGGCAUACUUUUUGACGUAUUUAAACAGUGUACGUGUAAGGGAUUUCUUCAAUGCAAUAGAUGCGAUACACCGAUCGUUUGAUCGAAGCACAUUGAAUUCAUUGGCCCUUGUACAGGAUAGCAAAGAGUAUCAAUAUUCUGCUUUGAACUUGGCAAUUUUACACGCGCAGUUUAACCACAACGAGGAAGCACUAGCAAGUAUCAAGGAAUGCAUAAUGUUGGCUCAGGAAAAUAGUGAUAAAAUUUGCUUGCAAUUAGCUCAUGCGUGGCUCUGUCUGUUAGAUAACAGCAAGUCCCAAUUUUCAGAGAAGAAUAUUGCCAACAAAGAGCUUAUAACAUUGGUACAUUCCAUAUCCCUCGGUAUCCAGUCAUUGGUAAAAUCGUCCGCAUCAACAGGUUACACCCCUGCAAAACUGUUUGAAGUCCUACUGAAAAGUGACAUUCUGAAUUGCCAAACAUCUAUGAUGGAUUUGAUUGCCAAUGGGAUUGCCGAACGUGCAGCGCUUUGGGCUAUGUACGGCAAAAAUGAAGUAUCGUCACUCUGCUCUCAACUGCUACUGAAUUCCGAUCUGAAAUCACUUGGAAAAACUUACAACGGCGAAGGCAUAUGUCAAGCGUUAUGCUCCCUAAUAAUUUGGUUAGCAAUCCAAGGAGAAUUUAAUCUUGCUUUAACUGUCCUUAAGCACACUCGCGAGAGAUUUCCGCGCUAUCCUCUGUCAAAAUCUUGGAUGACCGCGGAUUACUAUAUUACUUCUAUGCAGGCUAUAUUUCGCCACGAAUGGACUGAGUCAAGUAAUGCUUGCUAUCAUCUAUAUACUCUAGACAAACAUCUCUCGUUGCUUCAGCGGGCAUUCCUUGCACUUGCGCGGCUCAAUCUGAAAUCUGCAGAUCAGCUGCUACGCCAACUAUUAGAUGACGAUACAAUUGAACCGCUUACACGUGUCAGGGCUCUUCUGCUCACUGCACAUACCCUAAUUCCAUCCCCAGAUAACGCCAAAAUGGAAGUCGUCAAUGUUCUAAAUGAGGCACUAGCAAUUGCCAACAAAAAUUAUCUGGACUACGAAAAAGCGCUAAUCGAAAUGCAUUUUGCACACGUACUGCUAACAAUGAAACUGCCUCAUCAAGCGCUGAAAGCGAUAAAGAACUGUCUGGAAAACAUCCUCGCAAACGGUGGAAUCUAUGAUAAAGCAAAGGUUCUGUUUUUGUUCGUGAAAUGUGCCCUCGCUGUUGAACUGGAUUCUAUCAAUAAGCUAGCCAAAAUUGAAAAAUGCUUACCUAUGCUGGAACAAGCGGUGGAGUACUUCCAAAAGUUGGAAUGUUACGUAAAGAUGAAAGAUGUUUACAUUUUUCUGGCUACCUUCUACAACGACUUGGAGAUGAAAGAAGAACGUAACAAAUAUGCCUACAAGUAUCGCCAGAUCGAAGAGCAGUAUCCUAGCGCGAGUGAGUAUUUGAAUCUGUUUUAUUAAUACUAAAUAAAAGAGAUCAUGUAAGUUUA